AUGAUCCGGCUCACAAAGUGCCCUUUUUGUCUCUUGUGUGCUUUAUAUGUUUUCACCUCCCUUCCUCAGCCAUCACUUCUCAUGGUGUUUGGUCUAAUAUUUUCUUUCUUAGGAGACCUUCUUCUCUUAUUUGAAGGAAAUGUUUUCCUUAUUGGUAUGGCUUCUUUCGCUCUGACUCAUAUUCUCAAUGGCAUACUUUUCUUGACCAUUGCUCCACUCACAUUUAACCCACUUGCUGCAAGUUUUGUCUUGACGUGUGCACUGUUCUGGACUGUCGUCAAAAACUAUUCGAUUCUUCCAAGCUUUAUGAGGAAAAUAGUGUAUGGCUACAUGUCUAUUAUAUGUUUCGGCUUUUACACAUCAACAAUGCUCCUUAACACGGAAUGGACGACACUCUCGAAAGUACUUAUCAUCAUGGGGUAUUCAUCUUUUGUUAUAAGUGAUGCGGUCCUUUCCAUUGUACUCUGGGUCAAAAACACGCCUUUUAUGCACUUCGUUGUGAUGUUCACUUACUACUUCGCGCAGUUUUGUAUUUCUGUCGGGUACGUGGCAGGCACAACCAACACCGACUUCUCUACUUUCAUGUCCUUCCUCAAUUAA